AUGGCGGAAAGGAGAGAGAAUGAGGGUGAUGAAGACCUCAAAAAAGCGAGACCGAGAGUUUCGAAAGUGUGGGAGUAUUUCACAGACGACAAGCCAAAGAAGUCAGUGAAAUGCAGAAUUUGUAAAGGGGAAUUGGCAUUCCACGGCAGCACUACAGUGAUGCACGAGCAUUUAAAACGCAAGCACCCUGGAACCGUCCUGGACGGGGCCUCCCAGACCCAAACCAUGCUGAAGACCACCAGCAGCCGGCUGACACGCGACAUGCAGAACCACCUCAUGUCAAUCAAACUCCUCAACCAGUCGCUGGAAAGAUACCUGGAACGAGUGGAGGGCUGGAAGGAAGUGAUCGAGGAAACUGAAGAGAAAAUGAAGACGCUGGCGGAGGAUCAGUACGAGAUCAAAGCCACAUCGCAGCAAGUCAACACUACAGUGGCUCUCAGUACACAGUGGAUCGAUGCCUUGCAGAGAAAAGCUGAUGAGGAGACUCUGGUCCUCCAGAAGUUGACAACCGACUGGCAGAACUACAGCCAAGUUCUGAGCGCAAUGAAAUCCAACACGAGCAGCACCACACAAACAAUGCGCCUCCUACAAAACAACAUCGUAACAGAUCAACAGAGAACCGCCAUGUCCACUGAGGUGUACUACGACCUCACACAGCAGGUGAUGAACCUGCAGAUGCAACUCGACAAUGUUACCUCUUUCAUGGAUGAACACGAGGAGAACUUGCAUGACCUGCACUACCAUUCCAGGUACUAUGAGAAUCGUACAGGUGAGCGUUUCUCUGCAUUGGAUAGUCGUUUGAACUCCAUCUCCAUGGAGAUCGACACAAUCUCCUCCAGCAUCAACGCCACCGUCAGCCACGUCCAGAGCAUGUACAAGUACAUCAACAUCGAGAGCUCGUCCUGCCAGAGCCGCAUGGGCCGACACGCUGAAGAUCUACAGAACCUCAACAACACGGUGUUGUUACUCCUCCACUUGGCCGACACACUGAGACAGCAAAACAUGUUGUUGAAUGUCCGACUGGAUGUAGACGUCAGGAAUCUGUCCAUGGUGAUGGAGGAGAUGAAGCUCGUGGAUGUGCACCAUACCACGCUCAUAAAGAACUUCACUAUAAUAAAAGGUGCUCCUGGACCACCCGGGCCAAAAGGGAACCGUGGAGAGAGCGGUUCGAAAGGACCAAUGGGACUGAGUGGGACUAAAGGUGACCGAGGCCCGCAAGGAGGCCGGGGAAAUUCUGGAGAGAAAGGUCCUCUCGGGCCCAAAGGAGCCCCGGGUGAAACAGGCCCCACUGGACACAGAGGCGCAGCAGGGAUCAAAGGAGAUAAAGGGCCUAUUGGCCCACCUGGACCGCGUGGUGAGAAGGGCCAGAAAGGGGACGCAGGCCUACACGGUUUAGAGGGAGCCAAUGGGCCCUUAGGUUUGUCAGGCCUCCAGGGUCAGGCAGGACUCCCGGGCAUCAUUGGGCCACCAGGAGCCCGGGGGAAACCAGGACCAGUGGGACCGCCUGGACAGCCGGGAUACCCUGGGCCUCAAGGCCUGCCAUACCCUCAGGCCCCCGUCAACACCCUGCAGGGGGCCAGGGGACCAGCCCCCGCAACCAUGAGGCAGUGAGAAGAUGGACCCAGAGGUGAUCUGUCUGGUACCAAGAGGACUUAUUAACCAGAUGAAGGAAAAUCAUCCAUUGUGACUGGGGACGCAAUAAUCCAGUUUCUAUGGGAUUAUGCAAAAAUGGGAUUGUGCUUUAAAGGGGGAAUUCCCCUGAUAUAAUGACAUGGCCACAAGAAAGGAACCAAGAGGACGGUGUAGAUAAGAGAACACAGAACUGAGCUGUUGUUGAGAAGUGAGAUGACACAGCACCUGAAGCCAGAAACAGACUGCGUUUGGACAGAAAAUGGAAAUGGUCUUAUGUUGGAGGAAGCUGCUGUCAUGCAACACAUGGGUCUCUAUACAUCUUUUCAUGAGUGUUUCCUUGUCCAGGAAGCUAAAGAAUACAAAAAGCUCUGUCCAUGUACAGUAUGAUGAUAUUUUACCAGAAUUAAAAACUUGUUUUAGCUGAUAAUAUGAAUAGGAAUGAAAAAAAACAUCUGUAUUGAAGUCUUGCCUGGUUGAAUGUACAUGGUUGAAAAUGUUUUUUGUCAAACCAACAAAACCUCCUUGGGCAAUAAAUAGAGCUGUUAGCCAAGGAUAAGGACUAAAGUGAUGGUGUUUCCCGUCAGAGCUACUCAAAGGCUUACAUUCCCAUAUUGGCACAGAAACAAAAUCUUUACUUGUUACAUUAUGUACACAUUGACACAUUAUGUUCAGAUGGAUGGCACUUUAUUGGUUCUUAAAGUGUGACAUUGAAGGAUUUCUAAUCUUUUGGCAUUUCAGAGCAGGUACUCUGAAGACUUUUCUAACAUCUUCUUCACAAAUAUGUCAUUUUAUGAUCAGUGAUUGAAGAAGUCAAGUUUUAGAAUUCAUGGCUUCUGAAUUUGCGCUCUAAUGACUUUUGUUUUACAUUGUGUGCAACGUUUGCUUCUAUUGUUGCCGCAAGAAUAAAGAAAGUAACUCUCUCUUCGACCUAUGUUGAAACGUUUUGGUGUGAAGGCUAACAGAUCACUCAUUCAAUACAACAAUGCAUAACAAUGUAACACUUGAGAAAGCAGAGGAAUGACCAAAGAGGGUUUUUUAGAUCUUAUAAAACAAACAUAAAUAACUUUUUAUAUCACAUAAAAAUCUUUCAAAAAGGCAAACUUAAUUCUUUGGAAAACCUGUGUGUUGUAAUGAAAUGCGACUGGCUUGCAUCGAACUUCAAUAAAGCUUUUUUUUAACUCGU